AUGAAUGUUCGGCCGCCUAUAGAAUCGUCAAGCCCGACGGCUGUGCUGUCAGUCUCAUUCAACAACGAUGCCAGCUGUUUCGCCGUUGGCCUAGAGUCAGGCAUUUGCAAUUUCAAUGCCGGUAUUGGCCUGGUGCGCAUGAUGGGCAUGACUAACUACCUCGCGCUUGUCGGUGGCGGACGCUCUCCCAAAUUCGCCAUGAACAAGGCAAUAAUAUGGGACGAUAUGAAAGGAAAGACAGCGCUAGAAAUUGCCGCCCUCAGCUCCGUCCGAGGCGUCCAGCUUGGCCGUGAGCGCAUAGCCGUGGUGCUUCAGAGCAGCGUUCGCGUCUACUCGUUUUCCAAGCCUCCAAACUUGCUUCACGUCUAUGAGACGGCGGACAACCUCGCUGGGCUGUGCUGCAUGUCGGACAAGAAGCUUGCCUUUCCCGGUCGCACAGCCGGCCAAAUCCAGCUCGUCGAGCUCUCCAACGGCAACGUCAGCAUCAUCCCAGCCCACUCAUCCGCCCUCAAGGCCAUCCAGCUCAGCCCAGACGGUGAGCUCCUCGCCAGUGCCAGUGCGACGGGCACCCUGAUCCGCGUCUACUCGACUAGCAACUGUGCCAAAAUUGCCGAGCUGCGUCGCGGCAUCGACCCCGCCACCAUUUACUCAUUGGCCUUCUCUCCGUCUGGAGACUACCUGGCUUGUACUUCUGACAAGUCCACACUGCACAUCUUCGAUGUCCCUCACCCGCGACGCGCAGCACCACAUCGCAGCCAACAGCUCGGUGGCGGCAGUGAGGCGGAUCCUGGCAAAUGGGGCAUUUUGGGCAAAAUUCCGCUCAUGCCACGCGUCUUCUCCGACGUCUACUCCUUUGCCUCUGCGCCUUUUGAAGCAGGCGACGAGGGCAUGAUUGGCGGUAUUCCCUUUUCCGAGGCCUCGACCUUGGGGACGACGAAGCUUUGCAAAGGCGUAAUUGGCUGGACGAGUAAUGACAGUCUUGUCGUUAUCGGGGCAGGGCAAGAUGCUCGAUGGGAAAAGUUUGCCAUCACCGAAGGAGAGGAUGGCAAACGGUAUUGCAUAAGGGAGGGUUGGAAACGAUACCUUGGAAACACAUAA